AUGCCUUCAAUAGCCCGCUACAGAAAUGACACAAGCAGCGUGCUCCAGCAGAUCGUCACCUCGUCGUCGGAAGCGGACACCCUGGACCAGCUGAUUCCGUACAUCAAAGACUACAGCUAUGGCAACAAGACGUCGCAUCUUCUGGGCCAGCUGGCCGACCUGGCCGCGGAGCGAGAGGCCGAGAUCGAACGGCAAUGCAAUAGUAACCACCAAGAAUUCGUCAAAUCCGUCAACCAGUUGCUCCGCAUCCGCGAGGGCACCGUGACACUGACCAACGAGAUCCUCGAGCUGAACCAGUCCAUCCAGGCCAGCACCGAGAACCUGGUGGCGCAGAAGAAAGCCCUGGUCGAGUCGCGCGGCGUGAGGCAGAACAUCGACGACGCCAGCCACGCCCUGCAGGACUGUCUGGAGGUGCUCCGGCUGGCCAACCAAGUGCAAGAACUGCGCGACCAAAAGAAGCACUAUGCUGCGCUGCGGGCCCUGGACGAGCUCCAGACCGUGCAUCUGCAAAGUGUGACGCAGUAUAAGUUGAGCGAGCUGAUCCAGAAAUCCGUCCCCGCCACCCAAAAGGCGAUCGCCGAGGCCGUCAUGGCCGACCUCAAUACCUGGCUGUUCCGGGUGCGGGAGAUGUCGCAAUAUCUUGGCGAACUGUCCUUCUAUCACACCGAACUGCGCAAGCAGCGGCUCAAAGAACGGGCUGAGAAGGAUGCAUACUUGGCCAAUUUCAAGCUGAACUCGGCCAUCGAGCUGGUGGGCGACGAGCAUGAAGAGUUCGACCUCCUCAAGAGCGAGGACCUCGAGGUCGACUUCUCGCCUCUAUUCGAGGCCUUACACAUCCACCGAUCAUUAGGUCAGAUGGACAAGUUCAAAGCCGACUACGCCAGCAGCCGCCGGGCGCAACGCGACCUGCUGCUACAAAACUCCAUCUCGCUGGUUGACGACGAGUUGGGCGACCUACACACUCUGCUGGAAGACAUUGCCGGCUUUACCAUCAUGGAGCGCGCGACAAUGAAGAAGAUUCCCGACCUACGGUCUACGAUCGACGUUGAGGAGCUGUGGGAUUCGCUCUGCCAAACCGCCAUCUCCCUCAUGUCCAAGGCGCUCUCGGCCGUCGACAAUGCCGAACACUUGCUGAAGAUCAAGAACCUGAUCUCGGUCUUCAUCCAGACGAUGAAUGGCUUCAACUUUAGCACGGCGGCCGUACAGAACUUUGUGCUCGUGCUGUUCGACAAGUACGCCGAGCUGCUGAAGCAGCGAUUCAGCGAGGACUUUAUCGAGAUCGUCGGGACUGACGACUACAUGCCCAUGCCGAUCCAGAACGCCGAGGAGUUCGAGAAGGUCGUCAAUGUCUCGUGGUACACGCCGGACCGGCCGGUGCACGAAAUGGCCUUCCCGACCGUGUUCCCCUUUUCGCAAAUGUACCCUCUGUGCUGCAUCGACAUCCGCAACUUCGUCAACCAGUUCUAUUUCUUCGCGGCGCAGGACGACAACACGAUCUCGCCGCUGGCCGGCAAGAUCGACGCCGAACUGCUCACGUCGCUCGACGACCUGUUGAGUAGUAAGGUGUGUGCCAGCCUGGUGUCGAAACUGUCGUCGCAAUAUCUCGGCCAGAUCGUGCAGAUCCUGAUCAACCUGUCGCACUUCACCGCGGCCUGUCAUGAGCUGGAGAAGCUGCUGGCCACGGCGCGCUCGUCGACGACGGACCCGGGCCCGCCCAUCUCUCUGCGCGCGACCGCGCAGUUCUUCCUGCACCAGAAGACGGCGGAGAAUCGGAUCUUCGAGCUGGUCAACAGCAAGGUGAGCGACCUGAUCGAGACGGCCGAGUACGACUGGCUGAGCCGCGAGCUGCCGGUGGAGCCGUCCAACUACAUUCUGACGGUGACGCGCUACUUGUCCAACAUCAUCAACUCGGUGCUGCUGUCGCUGCCGUCGUCCCUGAAGGAUCUGAUGCUCUUCAACGCCGUCUCGCACACGGCCAGCUCGAUUCUGGCCCUGCCGCUGUCCCCGAGCGUCGAGCGCAUCACCACCACCACCAUCGCCCAGCUGUCCAUGGACAUCGACCACUUCCGCAGCUACGUCGAGACCUUGCCCAACAACUCCAUCCUGCUGGAGUCGCUGGAUGAGCUGAUCCAGACCGUCGCCCUCAUGGCCACGGACCAGCCCGACGAGUUCUACGACAUUUCGCUCCGCAACAAGAAGUACCGCAACGUCGACCCGCUCAAGGGGCCGCAGCUGCUGGAGAAGGUCGUCCACGUCAAUGUGCAAUCGCCCACCGCUGGCACUGGCAGUGGACACGAUCGCGGCGCAAGUACGAACAGUAGUGGAAGCAUGCAGAGUCCCGGGUUGCUUCAUCACGGGAGCGCGGCUGGCAGGACGCCAAACACGUUUGCCGCGUUGCAGAACCGCUUCAUGCACGGAGGAAGAUGA